AUGUCUCCUGGAAAUGAUUCAGCUGGACCCAAUAAGCGUAUUCAAAGUCUUGUCCAACUUUGCCAGAGAGUUGCGGGAAACUAUAUUGAAUCCAUCAGUAGCCUUGGAGAGCUACCAUUUACUUUGGUCCGACCAAUUCUUGACCGCUGCUCAGCGGAACAAUUGCUGCGGGUAGAAGACGCUUCUCCACAUUUAAAGAGAGACUCCGAAGAACUUUGGAGGGCCUUAUGUCGACGAACAUAUCCUGCAAUGGUAGAACGCUAUGGAGAUGGGACCGAUACUUCUCCGGACUCAUGGAGGUCACGUUUCUUCGUUUUGCGGGAAGCGGAGGCUACAAGGUUAGAGGAAGUGGGGUCUCGUCUACGUCUACAACGCCUUGAAGCAGAUGAGCGUAAGAAGGAACGUGAGAUCAAGCUCACAGAUCGCUUACCACCCCCAAAGCGCCAGCGCACAGGGUGGAACAUGUCUGCUCCAUCCAAGACCCUCUUCCAAAAGACACGAUCAGAAGCAUCCAAACUUCAGAAGAACAUGUAUCAUACCCGUAUGAUCCCUCCAAUGCUCAAAGGGAAAGAUUAUUCCCCGACUGGGAGUAUCAGCAACAGGUCUCCCCUACCCGCACAAUCCAAGUAUUCAACCCGUGUUGUUGUUAACACGGUGAUUCGACGCCCCUCAUCCUCAAGUGCGAGCUCGUCGGAGCCCGCCGCAUUGCCGUCCAAGACCUUGAAUGCUUCACCCUCAAAGCCUGUGGCUCUUCCUUCUACUUGGAGAGCCGAAAAUCGGUCCUUGUCUUCUUCAAGAAACGAUGCAAUAACCAGAAAGCACACUCCACAGAAUUCCCCAAUUUCAACCCCUGAAAUCGUGCCCCCUCUUCCCAAAUCGUUUUCUUUGGCCAAAAAGGAUCCUAUGGCGUCUCUUUUUGUCCCUAAACACCGCGCCUACUCACAGCGCGCACGCUAG